UCGGUGAGGGGUUAAGCCUGGAAGAUGCAGACAGGUGUUGUUCAUCAAGAUAGAGGUCUCUCCCGAACCUGAAGGCAAGGAGUGUGAACAGACACUGGAAGAAUGCAGCGGUCAAGUGACUUCCUUUUGUCAGACCUUGGGAGAGAAGCUGCUUCAGCUACUGCUUGAAUACCACUAAGCUAUCAGAGUUGCCUAGGAUACCGGUCACGUGGGCACAUCUUCUGUACUUGCUCAAAAUGAUUUAUUUUUCCUUUAUUUUGGAGAAAAGUGGGGGGCGGGGCAGAGGGUCAGAGGUACUUUGAAGGCCUUGUUCUCCUAGAGAAGGGCCUUUGUGUGGGGAUAGCCUUACCGCCCCUAGCAGCAGCCCUUGCUCUUGGCACUAGGGACUAAAAUAGCAUUUCCUGUCCCAGUUCUCUUCCCCGUUUUCUGAACUCUGCGUCAUCCCACACAGAGAAGGCUCCGUGUUCUGUCCUUUGAGUGGGGAAGGAAUGGCGGCAGUGAGAGGAGACGAGGGCCUUGCUGUGGGCCUUGCCGACCAGGAAGUCUCCAAGUUGGCUGCAGAAGCAGCCAGCAGCUGCCCCCACCCACCACUCACUCGAGGAAAGCCUGGGUCUGGCCAGCUCCAUGUACCUGUUUGUCCCCUCUCCACCUCCCAAGGCAGGAAUUGGCAGUGAACACACUAGUCCACCCAGUGUCCUCUAGACCCUGAAAUAAAGCACUGCUCUAACAGGCCUUGUGGCCGGCUGGUUUGUGGAUGACAGGCAGGUGUGUCACGGCUGUACUCGCUGAUUUACUCUAGAGAGACAAAAGCACAGCAAGACAUUGUGGUAUGUUCUGGAAAAGUUCAACCCAAGGUGCUACAUGUGUUAACUCUCACGUGAUGUCUGUCUCUGACCCUAACACAUAUAUAGCAAGAGUGAAAAGUGAACGUGUACUUGGUGACUUUGGCUUUCUCCCCAGGCAGCGGCAUCUGUGUGUGUGUUGUGGAGCAGCAGGACCUCCUGGGAACAAUGCCCCCGCCAUCAGACAUCGUCAAAGUGGCCAUUGAGUGGCCAGGUGCUAAUGCCCAGCUGCUGGAGAUUGACCAGAAACGACCCCUGGCUUCCAUCAUCAAGGAGGUUUGCGAUGGGUGGUCGUUGCCAAACCCAGAGUAUUAUACCCUCCGUUACGCAGACGGUCCCCAGCUCUACAUCACCGAGCAGACUCGCAAUGACAUUAAGAAUGGGACCAUCCUACAGCUGGCUAUCUCCCCGUCCCGGGCCGCCCGCCAGCUGAUGGAAAGGACCCAGUCAUCCAACAUGGAGACCCGGCUGGAUGCCAUGAAGGAGCUGGCCAAACUCUCCGCCGACGUGACUUUUGCCACUGAGUUCAUCAACAUGGAUGGCAUCGUUGUGCUGACAAGGCUCGUGGAAAGUGGAACCAAGCUCUUGUCCCACUACAGUGAGAUGCUGGCAUUCACCCUGACUGCCUUCUUAGAGCUCAUGGACCAUGGCAUUGUCUCCUGGGACAUGGUGUCCAUCACCUUCAUUAAGCAGAUUGCAGGGUACGUGAGCCAGCCCCUGGUGGACGUGUCCAUUCUUCAGAGGUCCCUGGCCAUCCUGGAGAGCAUGGUCUUGAACAGCCAGAGUCUGUACCAGAAGAUAGCAGAGGAGAUUACCGUGGGACAGCUCAUCUCUCACCUGCAGGUUUCCAACCAGGAGAUCCAGACCUACGCCAUCGCCCUGAUCAAUGCGCUCUUUCUGAAGGCUCCUGAGGACAAGCGGCAGGAUAUGGCCAAUGCAUUUGCACAGAAACACCUUCGGUCCAUAAUCCUAAACCAUGUGAUCCGCGGGAACCGCCCAAUCAAAACAGAGAUGGCCCAUCAGCUCUAUGUCCUUCAAGUCCUGACCUUUAACCUCUUAGAAGAAAGAAUGAUGACCAAGAUGGACCCCAAUGACCAGGCUCAAAGAGACAUUAUUUUUGAACUGAGGAGAAUUGCGUUUGAUGCAGAGUCUGACUCUAGCAAUGCCCCUGGGAGCGGGACUGAAAAACGCAAAGCCAUGUACACCAAGGACUACAAAAUGCUGGGCUUUACCAACCACAUCAACCCAGCCCUGGACUUCACCCAGACUCCCCCGGGCAUGCUGGCCCUGGACAACAUGCUUUACUUGGCUAAAGUCCACCAGGACACCUACAUCCGGAUCGUCUUGGAGAACAGCAGCAGAGAAGACAAACAUGAAUGUCCCUUUGGUCGCAGUGCCAUCGAGCUCACAAAAAUGCUCUGUGAGAUCCUGCAGGUCGGGGAGCUGCCAAAUGAAGGGCGCAAUGAUUACCACCCGAUGUUCUUUACCCACGACCGGGCUUUUGAAGAGCUCUUUGGAAUCUGCAUCCAGCUGCUGAACAAGACCUGGAAGGAGAUGAGGGCUACGGCAGAAGACUUCAACAAGGUCAUGCAGGUAGUGAGAGAGCAGAUCACCCGAGCCUUGCCCUCCAAACCCAACUCCCUGGAUCAGUUUAAGAGCAAGCUGCGCAGCCUGAGCUACUCAGAGAUUCUGCGGCUGCGCCAGUCUGAGAGGAUGAGUCAGGAUGACUUCCAGUCCCCGCCCAUUGUGGAGCUGAGGGAGAAGAUCCAGCCCGAGAUCCUGGAGCUCAUCAAGCAGCAGCGCCUGAACCGCCUCUGCGAAGGCAGCAGCUUCCGGAAGAUCGGGAACCGCCGGAGGCAAGAGCGGUUCUGGUACUGCCGCCUGGCGCUGAACCACAAGGUCCUGCACUAUGGUGACCUGGACGACAACCCUCAGGGGGAGGUGACGUUCGAAUCCCUGCAGGAGAAAAUUCCUGUUGCAGACAUUAAGGCCAUUGUCACUGGGAAGGACUGUCCUCACAUGAAGGAGAAAAGCGCCCUCAAGCAGAACAAGGAGGUGUUGGAACUGGCCUUCUCCAUCCUCUAUGACCCUGAUGAGACUUUGAACUUCAUAGCCCCUAACAAGUACGAGUACUGCAUCUGGAUCGAUGGCCUCAGCGCCCUCCUGGGGAAGGACAUGUCCAGCGAGCUGACCAAGAGCGACCUGGAUACCCUGCUGAGCAUGGAGAUGAAGCUGCGCCUCCUAGACCUGGAGAACAUCCAGAUCCCUGAGGCGCCGCCACCUGUGCCCAAGGAGCCCAGCAGCUACGACUUCGUGUAUCACUACGGCUGAGCCCGGAGCCAGAGCGCACAGGAGGGGAUUUGGGGCCAGGAGCGACACUCCCAGUCUGGUGCCUUGUCCUUUUGCUUGUACAGAAUCUGUUGCGAUCGUGGUGGCCAGCCACUCCUCACACCCACUUCGGGCCACCCAGAACUUCCUCUUGGCCCCGUCCACCAGGGUCACGAAGGCGAGCUGUUCCGCCCUCCCUGUCACCACAAAGCCUGGGGUUGGGCCAGGAAGUCAGCAGCCCAUGCCUUCCGGCCUGAGAAACUGCACGUUGAACCGGGUGUAACAACACUCAAUCUCCUUUUCGGCAGCAGCCUGCUCUCUGAGAACGGGAGGAGCUGGCCCGGGAAGGGCUGUGUGCUGUGGACAGACAGGCCAGGCUUGGAGAGCCCGCAGAGUGACCGGCAUGGGGUGACCUGCGUGUGUGACCCUUGGCCUUUGCCUCUGUCUCCUGCACGAGGGCUUGCUCCAGCCUCAUUCGGUGCCAAGAUGCUGCUGGCUCACCAGGUCUGGCUCCAGCACUGGUCUCUGGAGCCACCAGAUCUCUCUCUGGGCUAAAUGGGGACAUCCGGCCCUGUGAGCUCUUAGUCUCCUCCAGGCCUCAUAGCCCACAGGACAGCUACAGGGAAAGCCCAGCAGAGGCCUGUGAUAAAGCCAACCCACCCCGCAACCCCACUUCCCCAUGUUUCUAUCUCAUCCUUCCUCAGGGAGAAAAGCUCCCAGCAGUCUGAACAGUGGCCCCCUCCGUUCUAAGAGCCCAGGAGAUUUGCCAUCCCUUCCUCCUCUUCCUUGCGCUGUGGUUUCUGCCAUGGGCCAGGAUUUCAGGGAACUGGCUGAAGCCGGCUGAGGCCACAGCCGUGCCACCAGGCAUCCCUGGUGCUGCAGCACCCGUGACCCACACACGUAGCCUCUGUCCGUAGUUUAAUACGGUGGCGCUCAGUUUCGGUAACCGGCGUGGCAGGUACGACCCAAUGAAGAGUGGACUCUAUUUUCUCUACUAUAGGCCAUACUUAUAUAACCCUGUAUAUAUAUAUUUAUAUAAUAUCAGCCUAUCCUAGGAGUGAAUGCUUGGGGGAGGGGAACCUGGAGGGCGGGGUGGGAGGGGGAGGCACCACUUCCGGCAGCAAGCCGAGACUAUAUGGGGACAGUGGUCAGAAGCUUCUUGUCAGUAACCAUGUUUUCAAUAAAU